AUGGACUACUCACUUCAGAAUCACAAGUCUUUUAUCGGGAAAUCCAUCUCAGAGCUUCCUACGCCGUCUCUGGUAGUCAAUCUACCGGUGCUCAAGAAAAACAUUGACACUCUACAUCAAGAUGUGGAAAGGCUCGGCAUUGGCUUCAGACCUCAUGUCAAGACGCUCAAGACGCUCGAGGUGACGAGAUUGAUGCUUGCUGAGGGUAAAUACAAAGGCAUGAUCGCAUCAACCAUCCCUGAGAUAAAGGGUGCCUUGCCCCUAGUGGAAGAAGGUCUUGUAGAAGAGUGUCUGUAUGGCAUCCCAGUCUACCCAGGAGUUCUACCCAGGUUGAUUGAGCUUCGCAAAUCGCUGCGUGUUCAGCUUAUGGUCGACAACGAGCAACAGGUCUCUUUUCUCGAAGAGUCAGCUUCAAGCAAGCAGCCAUGGGAUAUCUUUAUCAAGCUGGACGUUGGUUCGCACCGAGCUGGCGUUGAAGCCAACAGUGAUGCUCUGCAUCGCUUGGUAGAGCGCGCAGAAAAGUCCUCUGCAGUCAACAUCUACGGAUUUUACUGUCACGCCGGACACUCAUACGGGGGCCGUUCACGAAAAGAAGCUGAAGAGACCCUCAACAUCGAAGUAUCGAGCGUGCUCUCUGCAGCCAAGCUUCUCCCCUCGUACCGUCAUCUUAUCAUUUCCGUUGGCAGCACACCUACAGCGCACGUGGUAGAAAGCCUCAAGGCGUUGAUGCCAGAGAACGUCACCCUGGAGCUCCACGCAGGCAACUUCCCCUGCAAUGAUCUCCAGCAAGUAUCAACAGGUCUCGUGACCGAGUCGCAGCAGGCCGUGACGGUGGCAGCAGAGGUUUGCAGCGUCUACCCGGAUCGUAACGAAGCGCUGGUCAACGCGGGUGUGAUUGCAUUGUCGCGUGAGGCAAGCGCCUUCAGUGGAUUCGGCCGAGUAGUGGGCAGCCCAGCGUGGGGUCUGGUGCGGUUAUCGCAGGAGCAUGGAAUCGUGGGCACGAGUGAGGGUCGAAAAGUAGACGAGGAUUUCAAGGUUGGUCAGAGAGUUGAGAUUUGGUGCAAUCAUUCUUGUAUUGUGGCUGCUGCAUUUCAUGUAUAUUAUGUGGUUGAUGAGGAGGGUAUCCUUGUUAGUGGAUCUCGAGCCGCAUACGUCAUCGGCGAAUUGCGGAAGCUUCAAAAAGGAUCCAUUCAUCCACAACAACUCAAUCAAUUCCACCCCUCAUCACAUUACCCCGCCUCCAUCAUCAUGUCUUACGCCGAUAUUGCUGCCAAGGGUCCCAAGCAGAGCCCCGAGGAUGCUGCUGCCCCUCAACCUCCUCAAAUCAUGACUGACGAGUCUGCCUCCACCGCCUCUCUGGUCGACGUUGACAUGCCUAGCGUGCACACCGUCCCCAACGACUUCCUCGAGCAGGAGAUCCAGACCGAGACUCAAGCAGCCCGCGUCGAGCGAGAGGAGGAGGCUAAGCAAGAGAAGCGAAAGCGUGACUCCGCCGCCUCAAAGGUCAAGGAGACCGACAACUGGCUGAUCCAGCAGUUCUCCAAGCUGACCGACGGCGAGGCCACCGGCCUGACUGUCGCCAACCUGGCCACCGUCGUCAGUCUCGGUGCCUUCCUCGGCUACAAGGGCUGGGGCCUGUACGAGAAGGGUAGGCUCGACUGGAAGGCCGUCUCUUACGGUGUCGGUAUCCUCGCCAGUGCCGCGGCUGCUCAAGGCGCUGUUGGAAGAUACCUGUACAAGGGCAAGAAGGGUGGUUCUUCUUAG